AAACAUUAUAACUAUCUGUUUGUUAAGGCGAUUUUUGGCGCUCGUUUGGUACAUGCAUCAAAGCGUACUAAACUGUACUAGAACCAAUAACAUAUAAGUAAAGUUUUAUCUUAUUGGUACAGUUUGGUACAUGUACUAAACAUCGCCAAAAAUCACCUUUAAUUACCAGAAAUUUACAAAUGACUGGUCCUUUAUGAUAUAAUUUCCAAAGUGUACUUCCAAAGAAUGCUACGAGUACUUCAGAGACAAAUCUUACGAAAUGCCAGGAAAUUGAACACAUGGUCGCCCCUUGCCACGGCAUUUAAUUCUACUGUCAAAGAUGAGAGUCACCCGGCAAGUAUGUCAGAGAAAGAAGUGGGAUUGUUUUGCAUACCAGAGUUAAAAACUGAAAAUGGCUUUGUUAUAUUGAAAAAUUGUGUGUUGGCUGAAGUCAAUGUUCUCAUCGAGGAAGCAACGAGCAAGAAUAGAAAGAGAAAAAUGGUAGAGAUAUUUGAUGAAUUGUCCAAUACGCUAUGUAAAGUAGCUGAUAUGGCAGAGUUUAUUAGGAUUGCUCAUCCUGAUCAACGAUAUGUUCGAGCUGCUGAAGACGCUUGUAUAACUAUUAGUGGUGUAGUUGAAAAACUAAACACACAUCGUGAGUUAUACGAUUCGCUAAAACAAGUGACAAGUAAUGGUGAUAUUCAAGCAACGUCUGAUAUAGAUGAUCAUGUAGCCAAAUUAUUUCUGUUUGAUUUUGAGCAAUGUGGUAUACAUUUGCCGGAAAGACAGAGAAGAAGAGUGGUGGAGCUAAACGAUUAUAUCUUGCAAGUUGGUCAAAAGUUUAUGGCUGGUGCCGUUGCCCCAAAAACAGUUAACGCCGAUGUGUUACCUGACAUUAUUAGGCAGUAUUUUAUAACGGAGAAUGGUCAGAUAUUAGUGCAAGGAUUUUACACAGACUCUUCUAACACCGCUGUUCGCGAAGCAGCGUAUAAAUUAUUUUUAUUCCCGGAUAAGGAGCAAGAAUAUUUGUUGCAUGAACUCUUGCACUCUAGGCAUCUAUUGGCAGAAUCAUGUGGAUUUGUGUCGUACGCACACAGAGCUGUAAAAGGGAGUACGGUAAAAUCGCCGGAUGUCGUAAAGGAAUUUCUCAAUAUAUUAAACGACAAUUUGCAGCCUAAAGCGUUACAAGAUUUUCAAGAGAUGCAAAAGAUGAAAAAUGCUGAAUCACGAAUAAAACAAAAAUUGAUGCCAUGGGAUACUCCUUAUUUCAUGGCAAAGGCGAAGAAAGCUUGGUUAAAUACUUCUACCACCGAAUUUACUCCAUACUUUUCUCUUGGUGCUUGUAUGGAGGGUUUAAAUUUCCUUACACAAUCAUUGUACAAAGUUAAGCUCGAAUCUGUCCCAGUUUUAUCUGGAGAAGUAUGGGCAACUAAUGUUCACAAAUUAGCUGUAAUAGAUCAAGAGGAAGGAAUCUUGGGUUACAUCUACUGCGAUUUCUACGAAAGAGCAGGAAAGCCUAAUCAAGACUGCCACUUUACGAUCCAAGGUGGAAAGCAGCUUUCAGAUGGCUCUUAUCAGAUUCCCAUUGUUGUACUUAUGCUAUCUUUGCCGCAUCCACGUUGGUCAAAUCCAUGUUUAUUGAGUCCGUCAUCCGUAGACAAUUUGUUUCACGAAAUGGGACACGCGUUACACUCUAUGCUCGGUCGAACGAAAUAUCAGCAUGUUACCGGUACUAGAUGCAGCACAGAUUUUGCGGAAGUGCCAAGUAUAUUAAUGGAAUAUUUUGCGAGUGAUCCUAGGGUUGUAUCGAAGUUUGCAAAGCAUUUCCAAACUCAAGAACCGAUGCCAGAAAACUUAUUGCACAAACUAUGCGCUUCGAAGAACAUCUUUUAUGCCUCCGAAUUACAGAAUCAAGUCUUUUAUAGUAUGUUGGAUCAAGUGUAUCAUAGUGGUAAGCUAACGAAAUCUACCACUGAGAUUUUAGAAGAUGUACAAAAGGAAUAUUACGGCCUUCCAUACGUGAAAAACACAGCAUGGCAAUUAAGAUUCUCUCAUUUAGUCGGCUACGGUGCAAAAUAUUAUUCUUAUCUAAUAUCUCGUGCAAUUGCUGCAUGGAUUUGGCAAACCUACUUUCACAGUGAUCCUUUCUGUCGAUCAUCAGGCAAUCGUUAUAGAAAAGAAUGCUUGGCGCACGGAGGUGGUAAACCAGCAUCACUGUUAGUGUCGGAUUUCUUAAAUAAGGAAGCUAACGCUGUUACGUUUGCAAAAUCGUUAAUUAAUGAGGUUGACAUGAAAAAUAUACGUAUGCAAACAAUAAAGUAGUCCAACAAUGUAAAUUUUCUUUGUACAGUUAUGGAGUAGAUGUAUGUUCAUAUAUGAAUAUUUACAGCCUUGUUACACAUUUCCUGCAAUAAAAUACAUUCUUAUAAGAAAAA